UCUAGGAGCAAUACGAACAUAGCACCUCCGUUGAAUCAACUACUAAAACAUGGCUAAAAUUGCAGCUGCAUUGAUUCUCGUUUCCCUUAUGGCCGUUGUUAUGGCUAAUGGGUACGGUGGAAACAAGGGCCCCUCUUACUACGGUCCUUCUUACGACAAGGGACAAAAGAGCCAGCCCUCGUAUAACGAUAAAGGAUACGGUGGAAACAAGGGCUCUUCUUACGACAACGGUCCCUCUUACAACAAGGGACAGCCCUCGUAUAACGAUAAAGGAUACGGUGGACACAAGGGCCCCUCAUACGACAACGGUCCCUCUUACGAAAAGGGACAGCCCUCCUAUAACGAUAAGGGAUACGGUGGACACAAGGGCCCCUCAUACGACAACGGUCCCUCUUACGAAAAGGGACAGCCGUCCUAUAACGAUAAGGGAUACGGUGGAAACAAGGGCUCCUCUUACGACAACGGUCCCUCUUACAACAAGGGACAGCCCUCGUAUAACGAUAAAGGAUACAACACCCAACCUUCGUCUUACGGCACGGGAUAUGGCGGUAAAGGUCCAGCUUAUGACAACACACCAAAAUACGGACCGACGUCUUACAGCGGCACCCCUAAAUAUGAGCCUAUGUCUUACGACAAAGGAUACAAUGGCCAAUCGUCGUCCAAUGGACAAUAUAACUAUAAGCCAAAGCCACAGUCUUACAGUGAUUACCCAGUUUAUUAAACGUUGACCCUUAAUGUACUUGAAUACGUUACAAUUUCUUAUGUCGAUCCUUGU